AUGGGAGAAAGCCUCUUCUCUGAGGAAGACUUUGCCGUGGCUUGGCGAAUCGCCCAACCGGAGGAACCACUAGCGCCUCUGGGGAAAGAUGCACUCGAUGACGACUUAGGGCGGCUUCUGGAGAAACUCGCACGCGAACUCGACGACGCGCCACAGGUCGAGAGGCCGCUGUCUCUGGACACCCUGCAACACGUGCAAGAACUCUACUUACAGUACGAGCAAGAGCUGCGGGCGCUCGAAUCGAAGCUGCUGCAACGAGUGGCUGCCGACGAGCCGCUGCUCGAGACUACCGCUACCGAACUCGCUCGCUGCGAGGGCUUCUUCACCGACGCCGAAGAAAGACUCUGUCAAGUUCUAGGGCAACUGGACGACCGCAGACGUCGGCUUGCUUUCGAUGAAGUAGAAAGUCAGCGCUGGAACGAGCGCGUGCACACAACACGCGAAGCGGCUGGUCACCUGCAAGCCUUCGCCCUGGAGGUCGUGCUACCACCAGCGCUCGUACGCAGGCUCACAGCACGCCCACAGAUCGAUGAAGUCUACCUCGAAGAAGUGAAGCGCUUUCGCAGUAAGCUAGCGUUCGCCAGCCUUCCGGAUGUACAGCGAACUGCGGCCUACAAAGACCUGCGACCUAUCCUGCACGAGCUGCAGCGUCGAGUGGUCGCUCGGUUGCAGGCGUUCUUGCUGGGUCAAAUGAGUCGUCUGGAAGAGCCGAAUACGAAUAUUCAGAUUCUGCAACAGAAUAUGCUCCUGAAAUAUAGGUAUUUCAUCGAGUUUCUGCAAGACGUUGCACCGGAGGCGGUUGAGAGCAUCACGCAAACAUAUAAGAAUACGCAGAGUCGGGUGUAUCUGAAUUUCUUUCGCCAGUACCUGGAUGGACUCUGGGCCCUUCACGAGCCGGACCAGAAUCUCGAAGAUACCUUGCUGAUUCCACCGUCAAUGUCGAGCUCCCUUGGGGCGGUUUGGCAGCGCUUGCUGCCAACCGCGACGUCGUUUCGUCUGCCGUCGAUGUUCACGAGCUCCUGGAUGUCCAACAGCAAAGCCGCCACCUCCACCAGCGGUGAUCGAAUGCGUAGCGCUGGUACAACAGCUGGUAGCGCUGCGGCAGGUGACCGGACCGCGGCUGGCGCUGCCACUCCCAGUGGUCUCGGCCAGCGCCUAGCCGUUCUGGAGGAGCUGGCCGAGCCUCCACUAGUUCUCGCCGUCGCUCAGGCCGAGGGGCGGCUCAUUCCCCCAGAACGCAUCUUCUGGUCGGUUGGAAGGAUGCUACUAACGAUCUGCAGCUCUGAAAGGGACUUUCUCGCGGACUUUUUCGGACCUGUUGAGUCGCCCACGCUGGAGCACGUCAUGCUGCAGGCAAGAGACUAUGUGGCGGAGCGAUUCUCAGAAUAUUUCGCCCGGACAACAGAUGUGGUUGGUCUCCUGCUGUGCACCCGAAUCGGACAGACGCAGCGAGACGACGCACGUGCAAAUGGACUCGCGCUGCUCGAGAUAUUCUUCUCGCGUGUCGAACUAGCGAUCAUUCCGCGUCUGAAGGAAAUUUUGGAUGCGAACGAAACGAGCCUUGCGCAAGCGGAUCCACGGCUCCUAUUCGAAAUAUCUGCUGCUGCAUACAGUGCUGAACAGGAUCCGGAGACUGAGCUCGCACGGCGCAUACAUGCCGUUGUGCAACGCUACGCAGACUACGUGCAGAUACUGCUCACGCUGGCGCUACGCGUGCCCUCAUCGGAUGCGAUGGUGCUCAAGUCGUUGCACGUGCAGCAACGAGAGAUGCAUCGCAUUUUGCAUGGCAUGGCGGAGCGUUUUCAGACGGCUCAGAACAGGAACGCGUUCCUCAUCAAUCAGCUAGGAACGAUUGUUCAACGCCUGACUCGGGUGGCGUCCUCGGUUCAGCGUGAGCGCGAUCCGGUCACCGACGCUGGCCUCGAAACGCUGCAAGAAAUGAAGCGGGAAUUCGAGCUGGAGCUCGAGGCGUGUACGAAUCAGUUGGCGGCGAUGGUGCUCAUGGGCAGUUUCGGGGAGUUUCUGACGCUCGCCUCCUCCAAGGCCGAAUCGUCACCGAGAGCGAACGCACCGUCGACGGAGCACUGGCGCCUCGUGUUGGCCGAGUUCCGCUCGGAGUGGAAGGCCCAGCUCGAACUCGUGUGUAAGGCUAUCGUGCGGAGUUUUCCGAACUGGGAGAUCGGUGCAUCUGUUCUGAGACGUUCAUUUCAGGAACUUCGACGCUACAACAUGAACCUGCAACGGCUGCUGCCUUAUGACGCUUCAUCCGAACUUGGAGCGCUGCUCGUGGAUGAUGCGGCCCUGGUUUUUGAGAUGCGGCGUUACGUGAAGGUUGGCACUGCCAUAAAUGCCGCGCUUGUCGAAGAGGCGAGCGAUUGA